CUGCUGCCUCACUCCUUCACUCCAAGGGCCAGGAAUACAGUGGACCCAUUCCUCCUCGUGCUUCAGCGCAUCUCCUGCAACCUGUCAAGGCAGGAACUGGAAGAGAUGAAAUUCUUUUGCAAGAAGGACAUUGGCAAGAAGAAGCUAAAUGAGGUUGAGCAAGGGAUCCAACUCUUCUCCUAUCUGAUGCAGCAGAAUUUACUGUCCACCAACAACACUGACUUCCUGACCUCAAUGCUCCAGAAUCUGAAGAGGGAUGAUCUGAUCCAGGAGUUGGUCAACUGUGUGGGAAACAAGCCUGGCCCUGGGGAUCAGCUGCAUCCAAAGAUGGAAGGCCAAGCAGAGGCCACACUCAGGAUCCUCUGUGACCAUGUGGUUCAAGAAUGGACAAGGCUGGUUCACGAACGUGGCAUUUCUCAGGUGGACAUUGACAGGAGUAUUUAUGCACAUCCUCAUGACCAGAAGCAACAGUUGUAUCAGUCACUAUUACUAUGGGGGAAAUCACAUGAGAGAGAAGAAGCCAAUGUCUCCCUCCUCCAAAAGGGACUUUGA